AUGCCCAAGACCUCGAGCAACUCCGCCGUUCCUCUCUCCCAGAUCGAAAAGAGCGUCACCCACCUCCUCGUCGCUACAAAGCAGCUGCUGGAGACGCUGACACAAUGGUCCCGCGGCCAAGCCACAGACACCCAGGUGUCGGAUGUGUACGUGAGAUUGGGGUAUGAGUUCAACAUGGCAUGCAGGGCCUUCACGGCCAUCAACGUCGACACCUCCGACCUGGGCAACGUUCCGGAACUGUUGAGAAACAUCCUAGAAGCCACCCUCAGCCAGGAAGCGAGCGUCGAGAGCCUCGAGAAAUACCUGCCCCGAAUACGAGACAUCAUCAUCAACCUGCUGCACGGCCUGAAACGUAAACAACAAAAGCUGCGCCAGAAACAGGCCCGCGAGAAAGACAAUGGAGUUGCUGGUGAGCCCAACGUCGGACGCACGACGAGCACCAGUACGACGGGGAGUGUUAGCUCGGGAUUGACCAAUCUGAUCAACGAAGGUUUAGAUAAUGGAUACCGUCCAGACCUUCGGCCAGAUGAAUCGACAGGACGACCCAGCAGUUCUCCGAGCCGCAAAUACACCGCGCAAAGAGACCAGUCGCAGGGCUCUAUCAACUCAGAGCAGUCGAGCCUGUCUAGUAAUACCUUGCAGAAUAUGCCAGUAAUGCCGCCAUACCCCGGAGACGAUGCAACGAUCCCAUCCGGCCCGUCUGCUGGCGACCUCUCCAACCUCGACAGCUUCCCUCCGCCGCCGCCUCCACCAAAGGGGUCCGGUCAAAGCGCCUUGGCGGCUCUACAAAGAGGAGGAGACCUUGAAAGACGAGCAUCCCGAAGAUAUUCUGCCUAUCAAAUUUCGAAACACUUGGGUAGCGGCGCCAAUGGAGUUCCGAUGCUCCCACCGCAAAAUACCCCCAUCCCGAACAGAGGGAGAGGUGAGGUGAGAGAGUCUAUGCGCGCUGUGCAAGUGAGAGAGACGCUGCGUCACAACCGAAACAACUCGAGCCUGUCGCGUUCCGGUGCUCUUGACUCUUCACCUGUACGAGUUCCGAGUCGCGUCAAUGAAGAGAAGGAAGUUGCAGAGCUUGCUGCGCCAGAGAGCCCAACAGUUCAAACACCCGAAGACAAAUAUCCCAAGCCCAGCGCGACAUUGAAAGGCCCUCCGACAGAUGAGUUUCCAAUCAUGGGCAUGGCGGAGGAUGAGGCAGAAGCCAAACCUGCGCCGGAGCCGGAGCCGAAGACCGCUGUUGAAGAACCCCCUCCACCCGAAAAGCGAGAGGGCACCUUCAUGCUCGAAGCCUCUCCACCAAUGCCAACAAAAGAGCUGACGCUCUUUCUACAAUACAAAUCCAAGGUCAAGAAGUUUGUUCUUCCCGAAGGAUACAGUGAGCUCUCGAUCGGUCGAUUACAACUCGCUUUUAUCGAAAAGUUCUCCUGGAACACGCAUGCCAAUGGCUCUGAUCUACCGGAGAUUUACAUCCAAGACCCUAUCUCUGGUGUACGCCACGAGCUCGAAGACCUGUCCGACAUCAAGGAUCGAACCGUGCUGGUUCUCAAUAUUGAGGCAUUGGAUGAGGUGAAGAGACAUAUUGAUGAAGGGCUUGGCUCGAUCAAGAAAGUCAUUGAGGAAGUCAAGCAGAAUGUCGACGACCAGGGGGCCGCUCUGCAGCGUGUUUCAGAUCGACAGCAAGAAGCUGCAAAGGAAAUGGCCCGCCUGGCUGCCGCCCCCCCGACGCCGCCUGCUGAUUCACCGCGCUCAACUACCCUUGGACCGGUGCGAAAGCUCAAGCCUGGGCAGAUGUCUGAGAUACAGACCUUGCGCCGUGAUCUCGCUGUUCUACGCCAGACAUAUUCCAACUUCCAGUCUGAGAUUCAAGGUUCUAUGACUAUGCUUCGCAACAAGGCAAACAAUGUGAAGGUAUCCGCAGCCAAGGUUUCUAUUCCUGAUGUCGAUGGCGACACCGGCCACGCCUACGUCGCCAAGGGUCGCAAGCAGCUGAAUACCGACUCUGACCGCCUUGUCACCAAGGUGGAUGAUCUCCAAGACAUGGUAGAGGACCUGCGCAAGGAUGUCGUUCACAGAGGUGUGCGACCACGACCGCGCCAGCUGGAGACUGUGGCCAAGGAUAUCCAACUGGCGAUGAAGGAGUUGAAGAAGAUGGAUGACUACAUGAAGAAGGAGAAGCCUGUCUGGACUAAGAUCUGGGAGAAAGAGCUUGAAGAUGUCUGCCAGGGCCGCGACGAAUUGAGACUGAUGGAGGACCUGAUGGUGGAUCUCCAAGAUGAUUUGGAGAAGGCCACCGAGACAUUUGCGUUGGUUGAGCAGGCAACCAAGGAACAAAUGAAAGACGCAGGUGCUACUACUGGCACCAAUGGUCCUGCUGGCCUGACCGGACGUCUCUUCUCUCGUGGCCUCGACAAUAUUGCUGCCAAUGCCGCUGUGGAUCCCAAUGCCGCAAAGGAAGGCGUGCUUGGUCAAGUGCGCGCACUGCAACCGAAUCACGAAAACCGUCUAGAAGCAAUUGAACGCGCAGAGAAGCUGAGGCAAAAGGAGCUCGAGACUCGUCGCGAUAAUCCGCUUAAGAAGGAGCUUACGACAUUUGUCGAAGAGGGCAAGCUCAAGAAAUCAGGUGGCUUCGAAGAGGUUGAACGGGCCAGAAAGGCCAAAGAUGAUAGAAUUCGGAGAGAAGUAUGGGAAAGGCAAAACGGGAUGAUACCCGAGAAUCCCGUCGGUGAAGGAGAGGCCGGGGAGGCUUCACCAUCGGCAGAAGCUGAGCCAGUGUGA